AUGUCCUCGAUGACUCCCCACAAAGGGCAACGUCAACCCCAAAGCUUCGCUGCAGACUUCGGAACAGCCUCACCUCGAAACGCUCCUCAAAGUCCACAUGAUUACAAUAGUCAAGCAUAUUUACAAAACAUGCACCCCUCGAUGACUUAUUCUGAUCAGCAACCCACUACCCCUCCUCGAACUCCUCGAAGAGUCCAGCAAAACCAGCUAGCCUCUCAAAAUAAACCAAAUUCAGCCCUACCGGACAAUAGUUCCAGAAAGUCUACCAAUAAAAGAAGACCUAAAAAUGUUCAGACGUCUCCCGUUGCAACUAGGAGUGAUCGAACUACCCCGCCAUUGACCGGUGCUCAAUCUGCCAGUGGCUCAACUGCUCCAAGACCUAUUCAAACACCAUCCGCUGCUCAAGUCUAUGCAGGUCCAACUUUCCAUGCAUCUCCCGCCCCGUCCGCUUUACCUAUGCCCAGUUUCUUUUCAAAGUCUGUCCCAGAAUCACCAGCGAUCAGGACUGAAAGUGCGAUCAAAGAGCCAGAUUCCUCGGCAGAUGAAUCAUCGCAAACUCCAUCUUCAGCACAAAUAUUUAGGGAUGUGUCACAUAGGGAGGAAUCACCCCUCGAUCUCUUCUUCAAAGCAGAUAAACGGGAGAAGGCCGAAAAGAUACGAGCACGAAGUACAAACUCCAAUGCCACCGGCUCUGCUGGGCCUUUCAAUCCCCCAGUUGAGUCGCCGGGGAAUACAAGAACUCCAUCGCAGCCCAACAGUCAAUACCGUAACAAAAAUGUACCAGCUUCUCGUGGUUCAGCAAGUAGUAUGUUUUCCAUGGAGGAGGAUGGAUCCAACAGUCCCGGAUUACCAUUGGGGCCAGCAUUCUCCACGCCUUAUAAUGAAAGGAUCAUGAAAGCACUUAAGAAUUCGAGCCCCUCGCAGCCACAUCAGGUAUCACCAAGUCACUCUCAAUCACCACUAGACAAGUCAGAGCAACUCAAGGCUUACCUUUUUUCUGAGGGGCCAUCCACCAAUGGGAACCUUGGGCCUGCUUUGAGCCUGACGACGAAUUCUGCAAUGUCCAGUCAUGGUGGACACAGCUCUCCCACUGGCCCAAGGAACGGCGGUCUACCCGGAAGAUCUCCACAGGCCAACUACAAAUUCAGAGGUGAUUCCCGAAGCUCAGGUGAAAUUCCCAAAUCAGCUCGGUCAGGUCUUCGCCAAGAAGUCUCCCCAGCGAAAACUCCCACAAGAACGCCUGAGCGUGCUCAUUCAUACGGACCAUCCCAAAACCUCUCUCAAAUCUAUGGAAAUAACUUCUCAGCUGGCAAUAAUCUUAAUAAUACCACUCAAGUCACACAUUCUUCACCUGUGCCACAAGGUUCCUCUGGUACCCUCUCUGGAACUAGCAAUCCCGAUUUUCGAGGCAUGGAAAACGACUUAAGACGGAUCCUAAAAUUGGAUUCGCAUGGCUUUGCUGGAUCAGCAAGGUAA